AUGUCUCUCAAGCGUUUCAAUGCCGAUUUACGGUCCGUCCGUACUCGGCUGAGCACGAACGGAAUCCCAGGCGUCGAUAGCGUCGAGCGUGGCGAUUCUGACGGUGAGGUUGUUUUCACGUUCGUCCAUGACAAGCUGUCCGAGCCUCUUCCCGUCCGUCUGCUCUCCCAGAACCCCGACGCAUAUCCCGACGAUCAUAGCUUCCUUCUCUUUACCGAUGCUGAAGAUGCCCCUCCCGAGCUCGUCAAAGCCCUUGGUGACCUUCAGAACUACACCUUCGGCCAAAACAUCUUCGAUUCGCUCCGCGACGUCUCGAGUGGUCUGACCCGCGCCCUGAAACUGGUCUAUUAUGAGCCCGAGGAAGACGACGAGUACGAGGACGACGACAUCUUUGGUCUGAACGUAUCCCAAGGUGACUCUUCUGGCCACGGCGAUGGCCACAAGACGUCCUCUGCCACGCUUGCCAAGAUCAAGAGGGAUCUUCGUCAGGCUCGCAGUGCAGGUGUCAAGGUGGGCAUCCUGCAUGGUGUCAACGACCAGGCCCGUACCCAUACGCUGUCGCUUUCUGUUCGUGCGAGCAAGCUUGGCAUCUCGGACGAGACCCUCGAGGCUUGGGACGUCGACCCAUCCGAAUACAUCGUCCUCCUGCUCCGGGUCAACGAGCCUUAUGCUGCGGCUUACAAGAUGGAGCAGCACGGCGCUGCCUUCUUCGCUGUUGACUUCCGCUUUGGCAAAUGUUCCAGGUACAAGCCAGAUCCGAAGUUGGCAUGGAAGGCAUUUGGCUCGCAGUCUCAGCAUAGCGGUGCUGCCGCUACCGCCCCGCACCGGGACGCAGAGGGUCCAGCCGUCCAGAAGCUCUUCAUCUCCAAUUCUCUCGAACAGUUCAUGAAGGAGAACUUCAUGUCUCUCUUCAGCCUUCGCCUGAGCGGGUGUACCAGCUGGGACGACGCUCACACCCGAUACACGGAGAUAAACAACCGGCAUCGACCCGCGAAUGCCACGCAAGAGACCGCCAGCCGCACAACGUCGGGCACAGACUACAGAACCACGACCCCGGCUCUACUGCUUGUUGACGCUUUCGACAAGCCCAUCGAGGACAUCAGCUUGCCCCUGGUGGCCAUGCAGUUUGCCACCCAUUACUUUGUUCGAUGUACAGACUACUGCCUGCGCUGCCACCGCAGGCUGAGUAAAGACUUUGAGGCCCUGAAGCCUUUCGUCUGUUCAGAUCCCCUGUGCUUGUUUCAAUACAUGGCCAUGGGUCUCGGCCCCUCCAUCGAGCACGAAGUCAUGACGCAGCCAUAUGUCGUGGAUCUCCUAGUUUCCUUGUGCUACAGCAGCAUCGAGCAGCCAAGUUAUCUACUUGGGUAUACACCAACAUUGCCCAGUUCAUAUCCGAUACGUGAUUUCCCGACUGGCCUGCGGCUAAAGGUGCCCGAGGCAGUGAUCGGAGCCGGGGAGCCCUUCGUAGAACCGCUGAGGGUCUCUGUGGACAUGAGAGAAACCACGGGGCCAAAACUCGUCAUGCUGCACAAAGCUGCCGAUUUCGUUCGCGUCUCUGCUGAGAAAUGGAUCGUCCUCGAACAGCCGACCCCAGCCGGCGGAAUACUUCACCACGCCAGUAUCACGUCUGUGGACUUCUUGGGAAACACCUUGGAAGUAGAAUUUCGGUACUCUCACCAAAUGCUUCCCGAGACGCCUGGGCAUCUCAAACCGACGUCUGAUCCGGGGGAGAUGACACUAUCCUGGUAUGAGACCGAAUUCGACGAUCUAGACUUGCAUGGAAAGGCCAAGGCCAUGCUCUGGCUCCUGAGGACGCUCCCGCCCAUCGCGCACCUGCGCGAGUACCUGGAGCUGAAUCCGCUUGCGACGCUUAGGAACUGUCCCGAUAUUACACCCGCGGCACUGACCCUCCUGAAAUGGAUUGUGGCCUCGAACAGAUCAUGCAUUCUCCAGAUUCGAGACCAGGAGGCUAUCCCCUCCAUGCGUGCUGGCCAUGUCCAGUUCCGAUUCGCUCAAGGCACCCCCGACAAAGAACUUCGGUUUCACCGCGCGCUCAAGGAGCAGGAGUCACACGAGUACCCGACUCUCUUUGCAUGGCACGGAAGUAAUCUGGGGAGCUGGCACAGCAUCUUGAGACAUGGCCUGGAUUUCAAGAAUGUCAUACACGGUCGAGCAUAUGGCGACGGUGUAUACUUUAGCCAGCAAUACGCAACCAGCAUGAGCUACAUGAGAAGCGCUCAAUCUUGGCCAAACUCGGCAUUGUGUGCUACCGGCGCCAUUGCCCUUUGCGAGAUUAUCAACCGCCCUGACCAGUUCGUGAACACCAUUCCACAUCUUGUCGUCUCGCAAGUGGACUGGAUCCAGUGUCGGUACCUGUUUGUCACAGUGGGAAGCAAUGUUAUGCCUCCCUCUUUGGGUGCAGAGCGGAUUGUCGAGAUUGCACAAGACCCGACACGAAAGGUCUGGGGUCCUGAUGAUGAAGUCUUGAAGAUACCCGCCAAGGCAUUGCCGAGCAGCCGGGGCGCUCUGUCGCAUAAAGAGAAGCUUUCCAAGCCGUCACCGUCCAAGAGGAACCACAACACCUUCAACGGAGCUGCAGACACGGACCAGGAGGACAAUUCGGACCUGGAGGCUUUGCUGAGCGAGGAGGAGCGUCUUCACCCGCCCUAUAAGCGGGCCAACCCCAAGGUGUCGCGGGACUCGAGUGUCGACACAGACACCGUCACUGCUCUCCAGCUCACCGCAAAGCGGCCCUUGACACCGCCCAGCACUGACUUCCGACCGGGCACACUGGAUCUAAGCACUAUGCCCCGACUGGCGCUUCCCGAGUGGGCUGACGCCAACGCCACGAGGAGGCUUGCGACCGAUAUCAAGCAGAUGCAGAAGAUCCAGGCGAGCACCCCUCUGCAUGAGCUUGGGUGGUACAUUGACUUUGAGAAUGUCGAGAACAUGUUCCAGUGGAUUGUAGAGCUUCACAGCUUCGAUCCGAAGCUUCCCCUGGCCAAGGAUAUGAAGGCAGCGGGUGUCACGUCUGUCGUUCUGGAGGUUCGCUUCGGUCGCGACUAUCCCUUCUCACCCCCUUUCGUCCGGGUUGUCCGACCUCAAUUUCUGCCAUUCAUGAAUGGUGGCGGUGGCCAUGUGACGCUUGGCGGAGCGAUAUGCAUGGAGCUUCUGACGAGCAAUGGCUGGUUGCCUGCGACGACGAUGGAUUCGGUGUUUUUAUCGAUCAAGAUGGCUAUCAGCUCGACAGAGCCGAGGCCUGCACGGUUAAACUCUUCAGCUACAGCGGAUUACCAUCCGACGCAUGCGCUGGAGGCGUUUCAACGUGCAGCUGCACGUCACGGCUGGACAGUGCCCAAUGAUUCGCUGGAGAAUGCACAGCAGCCCUUUGCACAGCCAUAA